UUGAAAAUACAGAUAGUACCCUCGUAAUUAUCGAUUACUCUUUCUGCAAACGGAGAGGAGAGUUCGGAGAACGUGUUCGGAGAAAUUGAUGAGAGCGGCGGAGAUUUCGAAGUCACACAAUACCACCACUUAACCAAAGUCAUAGACUCAUACCUGACUUAAUUUCUCGUGUCAUUUCUCAGAGAGAGAGAGAGAGAGAGAGAGAGAGAGAUCUUCUUCACCUUCUGCAUUUGCCAUGGAGUCCGCCGCUCUUCUGCGCUCCCUCAACUGUUCUGUUGGCAGUCUAUCACAUGUGCAAUCCAUACUUAAGAGACCUUGCAUGGUUGCUUUGCAUAAUGUCUCUUCGCCUACCUUAAGUAAAUCACGAAACCAAAGCUUUGCACUUGGUGGGAAGCUUGCUUCUCCAAUAAGGCAGGAAGGAAUGACAGUAUCAUGUGCAAACACGUUGGAAACUACCUCGAUGACUAUGUCUGAUGAUGGCGUACGACAAGGAUCGCACAAUAAGAAUCCUUUGCCACGUGCAACCUUCCCUAGUGGAUUUGAGGCGUUGAUUCUGGAGGUCUGUGACGAAACGGAGGUUGCUGAGCUGAAACUAAAGGUUGGAGACUUUGAAAUGCAUCUGAAGCGUAAUAUAGGUGCCGCAGAAGUUCCCAUGGCUGUAGAUUAUCUCACAACUUAUGCACCUGUUUCCAGCAGCCCAACAAGUGAAGCAGCUCCUGCUCCCUCCCUACCACCACCCCCACCACCUCCGCCUCUACCUCCAAAAUCCUCCACAGAAAAAAUGAGUCCAUUUGUAAAUGUCUCUGCAGAACAAUCGGCGAAGCUAGCUGCACUGGAGGCUUCUGGAUGUAGUGAAUAUGUUUUUGUGAAGUCUCCAAAAGUUGGCUCAUUCCAAAGGAGCAGAACACAUAAAGGAGUGAGGAAACCUCUAAAUUGCAAAGAGGGUGAUGUAAUCAGAGAAGGACAAGUGAUAUGCUACGUGGAUCAGUUUGGUACCGUACUUCCUGUGAGGUCAGAUGUGGAUGGAGAGGUCUUAAAGUAUCUCUUCAAUGAGGGAGACCCUGUGGGUUAUGGGGACCCGAUUAUGGCCGUCUUGCCAUCGUUCCACGACAUCGAGUGAAUUCCAUUUCCAGCUGUGGUUACUGUCACUUCCGUUGGUGAGCACCAAGGUUUGCAGUUUACUUUCACAAGUCAUUCAGUUCUUCCUUCUUAUGCCUCCUUGCAUCUUUGCAAUUUGGGGAGACAAAGCUUGUAAUGUAAAGUUGCUAUUUGUGAGAAAUAGACCACUUGUCCGGAAAUAACUAAAUACACAUUACAAAAUGAGAAGUUUAAUCACUUGUAUUAGCUAUGUUUUUGUAUGUUAGUGAAGCCAUAGGUAACUGUUGCAGCUGGAAUUACUAAGGAUUUGUUCCGUAUAGUUUUUUUAUCCUGUUUCUGUUCA